UAUAUAAGCAAUACUGGCUUGACCAACUUCGAAUUGGCGGCGGACGAUGCUUAUAUUAGGAAUUUCGUCUGCGAGGACACCAUGUAGUCGGUUUUUGGCCUACCGUGCAUCCCGACCAUUCGCCCGUGUGCAAUAUCAUUCGGCCUGUUCUCUGAAGGGUUUUUCGUCCUUUUUCUUUCACAACGGUCUGUGGAAAUCAGAGGCUGCGGUUGGUGGUAGUCACGGACAGUGUGCUGUUCGACAUUCUACCCAUACUUGUCCUGUGCGGUUCGCCGAUUUUCGGGAAACCUCCCUGGACACUCCCAGGCAACUUCUGAAUGUAUACGGCCAGCUAUCCAAGCUGCGUCUGACAAUUCUGGUCAUGCUUUCGGCGACUUCUGGUGUUGCCAUGUCCCCUCUUCCAACUACUCUGCCCAUCCUUCUAUCUACCGCACUGGGAACGGCAUUGUGCUCGGCCUCAGCCAACACUUUCAAUCAGAUACAGGAAGUUCCCUACGAUGCCCAGAUGGCUCGCACACGCCAACGGCCCCUAGUUCGUCGCGCCAUCAGUCCUUUGCAUGCGACCGUCUUCGGAGUCGUAACUGGUAUCGCCGGUCCGGCUCUGUUGUGGACCAUGACGAAUCCCGUCACUGUAGUGCUUGGAGCCACCAACAUUGGUCUCUACGCUGGUCUGUAUACUUGGCUCAAAAGAAAAAGUGUUUUCAACACGUGGGUUGGCGCCGUUGUUGGCGGAAUACCUCCGCUGAUGGGCUGGACAGCUUGCGGUGGCAAGUUACUUCCUACAGCUGACCAUCCUGUCCAUUUCUUCUUGCCCUCGUUCCUUUCGGAUGCACCGCUGGACCCGUCCAUGGCCGAUAAUCCUCUUGGUGCCGUAGUUCUUUUCAUUCUGUUGUAUAGCUGGCAAUUCCCCCACUUCAACUCGUUGUCACAUCUCACGAGGGCCUCUUACGCUCAGGCGGGCUACAAGAUGCUCUCGGUACUUUCGCCCAGGAAAAAUGCUGUAGUUAGCUUGCGGCACACACUCUUACUACUUCCUCUCUGCUCAUUGGUGUUCCCACUCUCUGGCCUCACGACCUGGGGCUUUGCCCUCACAUCUUUUGUGCCGAAUUUGGUGUGGAUAAGGGCAGCACUUGCAUUCUGGAGGACCUGCGGGGAAAAACAAGCCAGGAAAACGUUUCAACACAGCCUGUGGUACCUGCCGAUGAUUCUGGCAUUAAUGAUGCUACACAAACAGGGCAUGGAUUGGACGGAGUGGAUAAGAGGUGACACAACAAUACUGCAGGUUGAACGCCAGAAAAGCCAGAGUGAAGCAAAUUAGUAUUGUCUAUCCUCGACGUAAUGUAAAUUGCCUCACGUACAAGAACCAGAA